AUGAUACUGAAUGAAAAAAUUUUAAAUAAGGCUACAACUAUUAAUACAUCUGAUGACACGUAUAUUCUUUUUAUUGGACUUGUAUCAAAAACAAAUACACAUUAUGCUGUUAAUGUAGCAAAAAUAAGGGAACCGGAUAAUGAAAGUAAUGAAAAAAUGGAUUCACAUUGGAUUAGUGAAUUUGCCUAUCAAUUAAAUCUUAGACUUCCAGGUGGUUUUGCUAUUUUAGGAUUUGGAUUAGUAACCAAAAAAGUUACAUCCGAAAAUGAUAAUCUCUUGGUGAAAGCUGUUCAAAGAUAUUAUAAAAAAUUGCCAAGUUUUGAAAAAACAUUUAUUAAUAGUGACUUUAUUACUGUUGUCUUUGAAAAUGAAAAAAUUUUAGGUAAGAUAGUAUCUGGAAGUAAUGGAUCAAAAAUGAAUGAUCAAGUAAAAUUUGAAAAAAUAUCACUUCAUACUGUUAACUCAUCACUUAAUUUUACAUGGGAUUUUUAUUCACCUGGUGGUGACACAUUUUUUGAAAAAUGUUCAAAGGGAUUUGAAAGCUUGACAGAAUGUCUACUUAACAGUAAUUUAUUUAUUAAAAAUGAUGAAAUUGGAAAUUCUAGUGAGGAGAUUCGUUGUGAUGAAAAAAUUAACAUGCUUAUGGAUUACUGUAGUAAUAAUAAGAACAUUAUUGUAAAUGAUACUUUUCUUCAUCAUAUUACUUUAAAUAUAGACAUGGAAUUAAGAUGUAGUGUUAGACAUCUUGAUACAUUUGAAUCAGCACUUUCAUGUUUAAAGUUAACAUUGCUAAGAUCAUUAUAUGCUAGAAUUGAGUUAUACUCAUUAUCUAUUGAACUUGUUACUUCUGUUCCAGAAAAUAAUAUUCAACUUCAUCAAAUGCCAAAAAUAGUUACUAUGUCUAAUGAAUAUGAUGAAUAUUUAAUUGAUUAUGCUGAAGGUGACGAUGACAUAGAUGAAACUGUAAAUGAAGUAAAAUUAUUAAUUGGAGAUUAUGCUCUUGAUAAGACUUUAGUUGAUUCAACUAAAGAAAGGUUUUGUGAAACUGAAGAAAUCAAUAUUAUUACUAAUUUUAUGGAUAAAAAUUUAAAAACAAACACUAUUAAAAAUAAUUUUUUAAUUUAUUUAUCAAUAAUUAUUGUCUUUCUUGCAAUUUUAAUUAUUCCAAUUUUAAAAUAUGUAAUGUAG